AGUAGACAAAUUAUACCGCAACCAAAAGAAAUGACCGAUCGCCGUAGAUAUCAUACAUCUAAACUUCUUCCAAAUGGAGAUGUUGUAAUAGUCGGGGGAUUUGAAGUAACACCCAAUGUUAUAAUAUUAGAAACAGCGAAAAAUCUAUUUCAAUGGAGGAUUCCGGUCAUUUCUAGAAUAGAAGUUCCACUGCUUAAUGAACACUGUUCAGAACUUAUAGAAAAUAGAUAUUCAUCAUGUUUG